AGGAAGACGGAAGGUGUACCGGUUGCUGUUGUGCUCAUUGCGCGGCUUUGUUGCGUAUACAACUCCCUCCCGCCCUUCUCUCGAGACGAGCUCUCGACCUGAUAAGCAAAGAGGGAUUUGCCUCAGUAGCAACAAGUGUAUAUCUCCUUCCUGCAUAGUAACAGUGUGUGUCAGGAUGUACAGCUUUAUGGGCGGCGGCCUUUUCUGUGCCAUCGUGGGGAACAUCCUAAUAGUGGUCUCCACGGCGACAGAUUAUUGGAUGCAGUAUCGCCUCUCAGGCAGCUAUGCCCAUCAGGGCCUGUGGAGGUACUGCAUGGCCAACAAGUGCUACAUGCAGACAGCAAGUAUAGGAGCUCCAAAGUGGUCUAAUAAGAUGGCAUCUGAGAUUACGGGAGCUGUACUGUGGUUCGUUCAAGCAUACUGGAAUGCCACACGGGCAUUCAUGAUCCUCUCAGGAAUGGCGUGCUUUGCGGGCAUCAUCGCAGGCAUCCUCUCAUUUGCCCAUUUUUCUGCCUUUGAGAGAUUCAGUCGUUCCUUUGCUGCAGGAAUCAUGUUUUUCAUCUCCACUCUGUUUGUGCUGCUGGCUAUGGCGAUCUACACUGGCGUAACCCUAAGCUUCCUGGGCAAGCGUUUCGGAGACUGGCGCUUCUCCUGGUCCUACAUACUAGGAUGGGUGGCCAUGCUCAUGACCUUCUUUGCAGGGAUAUUCUACAUGUGUGCCCACAGAAUGUAUGAAUCCAGGAGAGUGGUUGGAAGUCGCUAACCUGAAGCAGUUAAAACUGCAAAGCAGCAGAAAGUUUUGGCCCGGAAAUCAUCAGGACCUUCAGCAGAUUUAUGAGGAAUGCUUUAAUGUUAUGCCUUAAAACACUAAACUGCAAAAAAUACACCAUAUCAAUAGCCUAAAACAGCAUUAAAGGACUUUUUUACACAUGCAAAUAUAUUUGUAUAAUUCUGCACAGAUAAAUAUACCAGUUUUCACAAAUGUUUAUUUCACUUUUCAUAAUUUUUUUCAAUAAAAA